UCCAUUUUCAUUUCAUCAGUGCGCAGUUGUGGUUCAUACACGUUCAUUUGUUUUAUUCCACUCUGUGAAAAUUUGAUAGCCAAGCAAAAUAGACUUUCUGCUGCCUUCGCGCUGUAAACUGAUUAUGGUCGUGUGAAUUUUUGCUAAAGUAUUCCUCUCUCGGUGCUUACAGUGAACAGGAAGAGACCAUCGUCGUACUCUUUUUUUUUGAUAACACAGAAAGCAAAAAGAGAAAAAUAUAGAGAUAGUGUGGCUAGAUGUGAAAAAAAAAUGUGUGCCAUAUUUAUAUGGAGAAACUUUUAAAAAGUUUUUAAUUUAUUUUAAGUUUUCAUUCUGAAUUUUGUUUUUGUGAUUUUCUUUACUGAUCCCUGGGAGUAUAGUUUCAAACUAAAAGUUUUUUAGUUUAAUUAUAUUUCAUUAUUAUGGAACGAAGAGCAUUUCGGUUUUUUACAAAGAGAUCUGAGCACUACAAUAAUUUGCAGAAGCAGGAGGAAGAGGAGAAAUUGAAUGGGAUUGUAAAUAAUAACAAUCAAACGGCACCGGUCAAGGAUAUUCCGCAGAACGCAGAAGGUGUGCCGAAGCCCCUAAACGGAAGUGCAGGAGAAGUUGAGAGUGCGGGGAAUCCAGAGGAGGGAAGAGCAGCAGCAGCAGCACAAGGUGGUGGUAGUGAAAAGCAAGAGGGUGAUAAGGAGAUCACAGCAACGAAGGAGGCACAGCCACAGAGUCAGGAAGGGACAGAAGUGAAGAAGGCACGACCGAAGCAGCCUCCAAAGGGUGACCAACUAGCAUCACCGCAUCAAAGUCAAACAACACACAAAACACACUCAAAUGGCAAACGACAUGGAAGCCCAUCCGGAUGUAGUGGUAGCAAUUUCAAGAGAAUAGCUCCAGCACCCACAUCAACACCACCCCAUUCAUCGGUAGCCAGUAGUAGUCAUUCAUCUACCCUGUCCCACAGUUCUUCGGGGAAGGGAGUGUCGAAUCAAGUGAACAGCGAGAGACCACUAAAGUGUCUGGAGACCCUCGCCCAGAAGGCGGGGAUAACGUUUGACGAGAAAUACGAAGUGGCGAAUACGCUAAUUAAGCUGGAGAAGUCUCAGAAUACGGCGCAGCAGCCGGUGGCUGCGCAACAACCGCAAACGGUACCGCUGGCAAUAUCGCAGGAGCAAUUCCAGCAGCUGCAGCAGCUCCAAUUCCAUCCGGCCUUUGCGGGAAAUGCCAUUCAGGUUAAGCAGGAGUUUCCGCAUCAGGCAGCAACGCAGCAAACGAUGCAAAUGUCGGCGGAGAUUAAGCAACAAAUUGUAGAUGCGGCAAAUCAGCAGCAUCAACAGCAACAGAAUCAGGUGCAGCAAAUGCAAGUGAUUGAGGGAACGGCUCAGGGGCAACAGAAUCCACCGAGUAGUGGUGCCCAAAAUGCCAUGGGGCCCCCGCAGACGUCCACGACAAUCAGCACAAUGUCCCCAUUGCAUGCCAUGUCUACCAAUCAAAUGCCAGCUGAAUGGCAACACGGGCGGGUUCAGGUGCUACAGCAACCUCUUCAGAACUCAGCCUACCUGCAGCAGCUCUAUAGCCCACAAGUACUGAUGCCGGGAAAUAUUCUGCAUUCCGGCCUGGGGCAGCAGCAGAUUCAGGUGAUUGCCGCUGGGAAGCCUUUUCAGGGUGCUCCACAGAUGUUGGCAACAACGGCUCAGGGGAAGCCGGUGAUUGGGAGUAGUGCUGGGGGAUUUAGUGGUGCGUAUGCACUGCCAACGAUUCCAUCGAGUCAAUCGCAGACACUCCUCUUUAGUCCUGUGAGUGUACUGAGUUCGCAGCCGCAGCAGCAACAGCAGAAUCUACUGUCCACCAUGCAGGCGUCGCAGCAGGGGAAGCCAAUGAGUGAGCAGGAUAUGCAGAAGGCGCUUGGGAAUCAGAAGGUGUUGCAGAAGGUUGCAGCAUCGGGGGCAACGGUGCAGAAUGUUGUUGCUUCAACAACAACGGCUGGGGCGCAGGGUGGGGGUGCAACAGGAGCAGGACCCGGUCAGCAGUGUGUUCAGGUGUCACAAGCAAUGCCAACGGCACAAAUAAUCUCACCGCUUCAGCAGCCGAGUAGUCAGCCGAUGCAAUUUGCCGCCCCAUGGCUCCAAGGGGUUCAGCAAUUUUGGACUACGAAUGGGCUGCAGUCGCAGGCAUUGCUCACGCAGAAUCCCAUCAUCUUCCGCGGAGCUGCUCAGCCGGAUGGGUCGCAGAGUAUGUUUGCGGUACAGCCGAAUCCACAGGCGGCGGCACCGCAGGUGAUUCAGGCACAACCGCAGAAUCCCACGAUAACACUGCCGUGCAAUAUGCAACCGAGCGUGGUGAAUAAGCAGCCGCAGCGCGUCGCCACGGAGACAAUUGCACCGAAACAGCCGACGCGGGCGGCUCCUAUUCUACCCCAGGGCGCCAGUGGUGGCGGUGGCACGCAACAGAUCCGGCCAGCAUCGUCUGUGUCAACGCAGACGCAGCAAAAUCAAGUGAUGCUGAAGUCGAAUAAAUUGCGCGCCAAGCCGCACACUGUGCGUCCCAAUGCUCCUGGUGCAAUAAAGGGUGACGCCAUGAUUCAGGCCAAGAUUGUCGGUGGUCAAGUGGCGCACUCUACGGCGCAGAGUGUACCCCAGCAGACGAUGCAUCAGGUUAUGACGUCUGCGGGGAGUAAAAUGGUCGUCAUGAGCACCAAUCCGGGUACACCAAUCAACAUUGGGGCAACACAAUUGACGCAAAUGACCACGGCACAGCCAGCACAGCAGAUUCAGAUAACAACGGAGAAGCAAGCGUUGCAGCAGCAGCAGCAGCAGAAGGCUCAGGCACAGCGUGGAGCCCAACAAGUUUUCCAACCGCAAGUUGUGCAGCACAUUCAGCAGCUGCAGCAGCAGAUGCACCCUCAGGCGGCAACUAUUCAGCAGCAAGCUUUCCUGCAGACGCAACAGCAACAGCAGCAAGCGGUGCAGAAUCAACUGCUGCAGCAGCAGCAACAGCAACAGAUUGUCAUUCAGCAACAGGGUGGGCCACAGCAGGUGCUCACGGUGACGGCUGCUGGACCACAGCCGGCAAUUCAGCCAAAACCCUCCACAAUGGUCAUUGGGACGUCGCCACAGCAUCAAAUUGUGGCUGAUCGGGGAACUGUGACAACUGUUGCUGCUGCCACGAGUACAUCUAAUCCCGUCCAGGUGGUACCCACCUCAACAAUUCUCAAUCAAGUUAACACGCAACUUGGAACAUUGGCCACCUCAACUAACCUCAUUGGACCCUUGACAUCACCUCAGGCUCCACUACAGCCACCACCGAAUCCCCUUGUGGCCAUGACAACCCUCUCAGCGGCACCACUUUCCACGCUAACACUGACAAAUCCACCCGCAACGAAGGACACAGCAGUGCCGACGUCAGAAGCAGCCAAGGUGGCGGAUGUGAGCGGAAGCAAGCAGACGGAGAGUCAGAGAACGGCCACGAGUACACCGGGAGUCACUCAGGCAACGGAAACUCCCACAUCGUCGGCAAUUGCACCGGUUACAGUAACAAGUUCAGCAGCUACACAGCCACAGGAGACUAUUUCGAAUGGAAAAACAUCCGCACCAGCAGAAUCACCGGCAAAGGCAACAAAAACCUCCGAGAGUGCAUCCAAUCAAGCCAAAACGACUGAGAGUCCACUGAAGGAGACGGCAAAGACAAAUGGCACAAUGGCCACGGUUGAGGGUGAGGCGAAUGGGGAGGUGAAGACGGAGAAGGCAGUCCUCAAGGCCACCGUGAAGCCCCAAGUGUUGACACAUGUGAUAGAAGGGUUUGUGAUUCAGGAGGCUAAUGAGCCAUUUGCCGUCACGCGGCAGCGGUACCCGGAUCGUGAUACAAGUGAUGAGCCACCGAAGAAGAAGGUGGCCAAGGAGGGUGGAAGCCCCGCGACGUCUCCCGUAAAUUCGGCCGAGAUGGCGUGUGAGUUCUGCGGGAAGGCUGAACUGCGAUCGAAGAUGAAGAAGAAGCGAUUCUGUACGCAGUCCUGUGCAAAGGCCUCCAAGGAGGUUGGAAGUAAUUCCUCCGCUCAAAUGACUGAAAAUACCAAUAAAACUGCCACAGGGGAUGCUCCUGUAAAUGGGAGUGACACCACAACGCAGGAGGAUGCGACUAAUCCAUCGGCGGCGGAAGAAGUUCCCGUCAUGGUGCGUUGGAGUGUUGCCGAAGUGUGUGAUUUCAUUAAGAAUCUUCCCGGAUGCAGUGACUAUGCGGAAGAUUUUGCAAUGCAGGAAAUUGAUGGGCAGGCAUUGUUGCUGCUCAAGGAGAAUCAUUUGGUUAAUGCCAUGGGAAUGAAGUUGGGACCAGCACUCAAAAUUGUGGCCAAAGUCGAAGCAUUGCGCUUUGGGACGCCAAAUGGGGAGAAGGAAGGACAGUCUCAAUAAAAUCUCUUAAUCUUCUCUAUAUUAUGGGUCUAUAAUGGAACAACCUCCCUGUGAAAAGCGCGCGUGAGAAAUGAGUGAGAAUGCAGAGAAAUUCGUAUUUCUCCAUAAAAGAAUGAAUUUUUUUUACAGUCUACUUUAAACUUUUGUACAGCUCUAAAAUUUAGGAAGAAAAACGUUUCGCGUGUAAAUGAUAAAUAAGUAUGUAGACGAUGUAGAUACAUAAAAAAAAGUCUUACGUUAUAGGAAUUUUUUCCCCGCUAAAUGAGAUGAAAAAGAAGUAAAUUAAAAUGAGACGAAAUUGAAUUUUCUCCGCAAUUGCGACAGUUUUUUAUUUAAAAGCAAAAAAAGAAGAUAAACCAUUUUAUCUUAUUCUCGUUAGUACGAUAAAAUAUACUCGAGUGCAAAUUGAUUUGUUCAAUUGAUCACUCAACAUUGUGUACAAUGUACAGUUCUUGCAAAAGGAAUAUUAUAUACAUAACAUUUUUCUCAAUAUAUAAUAUUAAGUGACAAUGUAAAAUGUAAAUAAGCUUGAAGAUGUGAAGAAAUAAAAUGUAAUUUUGUGAUCAAUAGCAAA